AUGGCAGCUGCACCGCAAGCACCCGCACCUGCGCCCGCCCCGCUCGACACGGCCCAGUUCGCGACCCUCUUCCCCUCGGUCGUCCGCCUCGCCCACCUCGCCUCGUCGUCGUCCUCGCCGUCCACCAUCAGCGCAACCGACCCAGCCGAUUCAUCACACCCAGCAGAGCCUGACGCACACCACCCCGACCCCAAACUCGAGCUCUCGCGCCAGGCCGCCGCCCUCCAUUCGACCCUCCGCACCCUCGACGCCCAAGUCGCCCAAGUUCCCAACGCCCACCUCAGCGUCGACGACCAGCACUGGCUCGUCGAGCAGCUCCAACUCGAGUGUUCUCGCAGGCGUGCCCAGCUCGCACACGUCGCGAGCCUGACGCAGCUCGAUCUCGCACCCGCACAUUCGCCUGCGCACGCCGACGCCGACAUGGCCGACGCGGCGUGACGUACCCGGCCUCGAGCAUGGUCGAGCGAGCGGCGAGCUCUUCUUCUUUGGGCGUCACGAGGGCCCGCUCGCGCGCGCCUGCGCCGCCCUCGCCAUGCUCGACACGACCUUGUCGACGUCGUCCUCUCGAACGUCGACCCGUUCAUGUUCUCGAUCCGCAUGGUCCAGAUCAACAAACCUGACCUCGCAGGCCGCCGUCAUGAGCACACACGGCUCCCGAACGAUGUACUGUCCAACCUCGACCCGUUCGCGCUCCUCAUCCUCAUCCCGAUCAUGGACCUGCUCGUCUACCCUGCCCUCCGUCGCGCCGGCAUCAACUUCUCGCCG